AUGGUACAGCACGGCCCCAAGACUACGGUUUACCAGCUCGCACAAGAGUAUGCACCUAUCAUCAAGGGCAAGACUAUCCUCACAACAGGUGCAAGUCCGGGAGGUCUCGGUGCACUCUUUGUUGAAGCUAUUGCAGUCGCAGAACCUGGACUGGCUAUUCUAGCUGGCCGGAGUGUUAGUAAGCUUCAGCAAACUGUAGACAACCUUACUGUCAAGUACCCUAACCUCAAGACGAAACUUCUGACUAUUGAUCUUGGUUCUCUUCGCUCUGUUCGUGCUGCUGCAGAAGAUGUCAAUGGAUGGUCAGACGUCCCCAAGAUCGACGUCUUGGUCAAUAAUGCGGGGAUCAUGGCAACGGACUUUAAGCUCACAGAGGAUGGUUUCGAAAAUCAAUUUGCUUCAAACCAUCUGGGCCACUUCUUAUUUACAAACUUGAUCAUGGAUAAAAUCCUCGCUUCAGAGACGCCUCGAGUGGUCAGUGUUUCAAGUAACGGUCACCGCCUGGGGCCUAUUCGAUGGGGUGACCCCAAUUUCAGUAACGGUGAAAGAUACAACAAGUGGAGUGCCUAUGGACAGUCAAAGACAGCAAAUAUGCUGUAUGCCAGCUCUCUUGCUGAGAAACUCGGCGGAAGUGGACUCCAAGCAUUCUCCCUUCAUCCCGGUGCAAUCCUUGGCACUUCUUUAGCUAAACAUCUAGAUACCUUGGAUAGUCUAGUUGAAGCUGAUCGUGCAAUGGGAGACCCUUGGGGCUGGGUAGAUUGGUCAACUAUCCCAGUUUCCCCUGAGGUCGGUGCUGCAACCCACGCGUUUGCUGCUUUCGAUCCUGAACUCAAGGAACAUAAUGGCGCAUAUCUGCUUGAAUGCCGUUUAGCAGACCCUAUGACUGAUACAGUAAGACCGUGGGCGACAAGUUCAACAGAAGCAGAGCUGCUUUGGAGGAAGAGUGAGGAGAUGGUUGGUCAAAGGUUCGCUUUUUAG